AAAAAUAAUUUUCUGAAGAUAAAUAAAAGGCUGAAAAUAACUUUAAAAAUCUCAGAAAAAUCAUUCUUCCUUAACUUAUCUGUCAAGUUUGUCCUACAUUUUUCUAAAUUUCUUAAAGUUUCUUGCCACCACUUGGCCAAAGCAAAAACUGGAAAAAAAACUUCAAACCACCAUGGAGCCAACCAUACUGCAUAACCUUAAACAGUUUGAUGGAUUCAACAACUUCGAUCUGAGAUAUUUUCUUAUCAUCUACGCUAUUGUCGUCCUGAUGGUCCUCGGCGUUCCUCUGGCUUUUCUCUUGCAAAGCAAGGGCUCUCCAGCCGAUCGAGAACGUUUUCAAUUGGAGGCCAAUCGACCGCGUGCGGAUCCAGUAAGGGUUGGAGAAACCCGGCGACGAAUCCGGGAUUCGAGUGUCUAAUCAGCUUUUAAUAUUGAUGUUGAUAUGCAGGGAAAUACAUUGAAUAUCGAGGCA